GCUUGGUGCACCUAACUCAUGACACACUCCUCAAACCUCCACCAGGCUUUCCAACGGAUCAGGACUGAGGAAUAUCACUCUGUAUGAGCCGAGUCCAGACUAGAAUAGCAAGGGAUAUUUAAUAGCUCCCUGAUGCCUGACUACUUGUGACGCUCUGGUGCAAACAUGGCUGGGACCAAGUGCUGCUAUGAGGGGAAGAUUGCUGGCCUCUAUGACUUGGAGCGCACACUGGGCAAGGGCCAUUUUGCUGUGGUCAAGCUGGCCCGGCAUGUCUUCACUGGGGAGAAGGUGGCCGUCAAAGUGAUUGACAAGAGCAAGUUGGAUGUGAGUGCAGCAGGGCAGCUGCUGCAGGAAGUGCGCUGCAUGAAGCUGGUGCAGCACCCCAACGUAGUUCGGCUUUAUGAGGUCAUUGACACCCACUCCAAGCUCUACCUCAUCCUGGAGCUGGGCGAUGGUGGGGACAUGUUUGACCACAUCAUGCGGUAUGAGGGUGGCCUGACCGAGGGGCGUGCCAAGCACUACUUUGCCCAGAUUGUCCAUGCCAUCUCCUACUGCCACAAGCUACAUGUGGUCCAUCGUGAUCUCAAGCCUGAGAACGUGGUUUUCUUCCAAGAGCAGGGUGUGGUCAAGCUCACUGACUUCGGCUUCAGCAACUGCUUCCAGCCUGGCAAGAUGCUCACUACCAGCUGUGGCUCACUGGCCUACUCUGCACCUGAGAUCCUUCUGGGAGAUGAGUACGAUGCCCCUGCUGUAGACAUCUGGAGCUUGGGCGUCAUCCUGUACAUGCUGGUGUGCGGCCAUGCACCCUUCCAGGAGGCCAACGACAGUGAGACACUGACUAUGAUCAUGGACUGUCGCUACACGAUCCCUCCACACGUGUCCUCACAGUGCUCUGAUCUGAUUUCCAGGAUGUUGCAGCGGGAUCCCAAGCAACGCGCCUCACUGGAGCAGAUUGAAACCCACCCAUGGCUGCAGGGUGUGGACCCCUCCCCAGCCAGCCGCUCCUUGCUCCCCCUCACAUCCCACAAGCGGGUGUCUGAAGAGGAGCAUGACAUCAUCAUCCAGGCCAUGACGUGUGGGAACAUUGCUGAUCGAGACACCAUCCAGGAGGCCUUGGAAGCUGAUCGCUACAACCACAUCACAGCCACCUACUUCCUCCUGGCAGAGCGGAUCCUUCGUGAGAAACAGGAGAAGCAGAGCCACAACCUUAGCUUGGUUUACAACCUGGCCCAGCAGGUCCAGAACAGGACCAACUUGUCGGACACAUUCAGCACUGUGGGCAACAGCAGUGACCUUUCACCCUUUAUGGAGACACCAAGCAGUCUUGCAGCUUUCCCCAGUCCUAAGCCCCAACCAGCAACUAAGAGCACUUUGGAAGCAUUUGGAAAGGAUUCUGGGAAAAGUGAAAGGAAGUCCACUUCCUUAUCUACAGUGGAUGGAGAUGAAGUUCCAGCCAGUUUCCAUGGAAAUAAACAGCCAGUCAGAGCAUUGCUCAAGCCCUCCCUGGUUGAUGCCCCCAUUGCCAAGAGCACCCCUGCUUUGCAGCAGAUUUGUGAGGAAGAGGAGGAGGAGGAGGAAGAUGGAAAGCCUGACACAAUAGAAAGGAAAAGCACCUCCUUAAACCAAGAGCAAAUGAGAGAUUUCCAGACCUCCAAGGUCUCCAUACUGUUCUGCCGAGGCACCAUGGUCUAUAGUAAGGGGGACAAGGGCUCUCCUGCGAGGGCCACAAAGCCAGUCCUCUGUGAACCAGCCACAGGGUCUAACGAUCCAUACCAACCUCUCCAGCAGUCAGCAAGCCCAGUGGACAAGAAAGGACCCAGACAAGAGGCAGCAAGCCAAAAUGCAGGUUGGGAAGUCACAGGCAGCAAUCUUAACUUGGGCCUUGGGAAGAAUACCAGUGACCCACUGCUGGUGGGUACCACAGCUGGAGAAGGGGAUGGUGAGCUCUGGAAAGGCAGGCAUGACUUUGAGCCACUGGGAUUUGAAGGAAAGGGUCUGGAAAGGGAUGAGGUUGAAGACAGGUCAGGGAAGCAGGAGGACAACAACAACACCACAAAAAUAGAGGAUGGUGGCACCAUUGAGGAGCUUUCUGAAAAAGCAGAAAAGAUCAUCUACCCACAGAGCAGCAAGGACCUUGGCACCAACUCUACUGGAAGCUGUGGGGUCCAGGAUGGAGGAAGCCUCCAAGCCAUUUUAACUAGGACAUCAGCUCUGGAAGACAAGUCCAGUAAAAUUGAUGGUAUCCCUGAGAUGGGAUCCUCAGACCAGGCAAAGCACUCAGCUGAGAGCUCCUACAAUGAUGGUACUGUGGGCAGUGAAACCAUGGUAGACAAUGUGAUAAAGCUUGAUCCUGGUAAGAACAAGAGCGCGAGCCUGAGGGACAGGAUCAUGCAGUUCCCAUUGUGUGAGAAGGCACUGGCCUUCAAGAUCAGGCCCAGCUCCAAGGACAGCCUCCUUUCCCUGGGACAGUUCAACUGCUGCCAUGUCAUCUAAGUGCUGUACAUAUAUCACCCAUCAUCAAGGGACUGAGCGAGAGAAGGAAAGUGACUGAGAACAGCCCCAAAGCCAGGGGCACGGCAGAUGCAGGACUGCAAGACAUCAUGCUUUCGCCGUUCUUGUUCUCCUCCAUUUCUUCAUUCUUGUACUCUCCUAGAGCAGCUGCUCUCCUAGUUCCAUUGGGCUGAAAACCGUGCUCCACCUGCUUGUCCUUCCUUUGCCUAGGAUUCCUGCACUGAAAACACUUUGAGCUCUUGGCACCCCAGCACCGAGAACACAGUACAGAGUUCAGGACCAUCUGCUUGGCUGACCCUGUCUUUACACACUGCUGCCAGCCCGCUCCAACCUGGUGCAGCUACUCUGUGAUCUCCUGGGGCAGGAUCUGUCAGUACAGCCUAUUGGGGAAGGGGUCUGCUCAGGUACUUCUCUAGGCAGUAGGCAAGGCAGUCUUGGUUUAGGGACAGCUCACAGACUCCUGCAAGUAUAGCCCUUGUGAUCUCUGCAAAGGUUGCUUUGAUGCCCCCUGCUUGGCAGAAGGCAGCAGCACUCACUGUCACAUACACAGGCUGGAAUUUGCAAAGGGACGAAGGCAGGAGGAAUGUUCAGCUCAGUGUCUGGCUGUGUUCAGCUCCUUCAGGAACCCUAGGUCUGCUCUCAGACAAGCUUGGCCAAGUAGGAGGCAACUUUGAGGGCACUGGCUCAUAGUAAACACCACAGCUGCUGCAGGGUACAUUUCAGUAUGCAUGGGCCACUGGCCAUACUUGUCCAGUCCUGAACCAUAGGUCUGGAGUCUGAGCUCAGGUAGAAUUCAGAAUCCAUUCCCCACUCGGACUUGGGUAGCCCAGCCUGUGAGCCUCUAGGGACUGAUUCAGGGGCAGCUGCACACUUCCCUGGGACCACUCCUUCUGCUCUUGAGGUGUGGGUUAAUCUAGGCCAGUUACCAAAGGUUUAAAAGUAGAAGGCAAUACCCCAUUCCUGUGAGAAGCCUGCCUGUGUUCCUUGCUCCAUCAUAGCCAAACACCAGAGUCAGGCUUGCGCGUCCCCUGCGUUUCAGAGUCAUUUUGCUCCCUCAGGGCUGAAAGGAUGCAAAGGGAUUCCACCGCACCCUGGAGAAUGCCCCCAGUAUAGGGGCUGCUCCACCAGGAACAGAGCCAUCUCCAACCACCCCAUGUGACCACCAGGCAGGUUCAGGAUAAUCCUACACUCAGGCUCCCUUCAGCAGCCACAACACCCAAAAGACCAUAGCAGCUGGAGUGCAGGUUAUGGCAAACCCCCAGGGUUGCCUUUCCCUGCUCCAAGACUGGACCUGGCCCUAGUGGCUACAGGACAUAGGAGAUAAAGCCACCUCUACUUGGUCUCUGUGCUGGGGGCUUUGUCCCCACAACUCCUUUGGAGAUGGCAAGUACUGUGGGAGAACCAAAUCCUGCUUACAGCGUGUACCCUUGGAGCACUGCUAAAGCCUCCACACCUCUGCACACAGCCAGGGAACCAAUUCCAAGGUUCUCAGCAAGAUCAGCCCUACUCUCUGCCAUCAAGGGCAGCUGUGAAACCACUUUCUAGCAAGGGAGGGAAGGAGUACCUGAUGGAAUCCGCAUGGCAGUACCUGCCCCUUUAAGAGGGCACUGGCAGUACAAGAAGGCUGUCAGUGUGUGUGGCAGGGGACCCAACCAACUGUGCUGUAGGACAGGGCCUCUGCUCUGUGGCUGGCAGCAACCAGGUGUCAGCAUCAUAGUUGUUGCUGGGCCUUGCCUGCUAGAGAGGGUGCUAGGUGAGAAGAGCCUGGCCUAGCUGGGGGAGGAGACAUACUAGUCUAGGUAGUAAUGAUGCCAGACACAGAGGUCCUGCAUGAGUCUAGGCAUGCAUCCCUCUUCUUUUUCUGUAAAAGCCAGACAAUGCCCUGAAAGCUCAAAAUCCCACAGUCCAGUGGGUGCUUUGGGCACAUCUUGGUGUCUAGGCAGCCAGCAGCCCCCUCUGCCCUUCUGGCUUGGGAGGGGGUUUUUAUAACUAUUAGAAAUAUUUUUUUUAAAAUAGUCUAUUUUAAUGUAAUUUAAAUAGAGAUCAUUAUAUGCCCCCACCCCCUGCCCCUGCCUGAGCACUCUUGGGGCAAUGGACUGCGCUUCCUGCACCAAACAUGCAUGGCCUCCAGAGCUUCUGGGUGCCUGACCAUUUCCCGUCCCACCUCAUAUAGAACCACCCUGUUUGUGCAGUCUGAGUGGCAAUUCAGAGGGGGGCAACUGCUUAUCUGUCUGCACAGUAUCACGCACACUUCUGGUGACUCAACAGGUUAGGAACAGGAGCUGGGAGUGCAUGCUUGUGGCGGUGGGUGUGUGUGUGUCACGCACAAACACAUGUACACACAUAUAAGGUGCACAGUCUAGUCUGUUUCCUCCAGGCACCCCUGCAAUGAUAAGCUUUCUAUUUAUUAUCUCUGUGUUUUCUUGCUGGCAAGAAAUGAAUUGUGAAUAAAGUCUGACUCCAGAGCUCACUCCCAAGUUCUGAACAAUGUGCACUGAAUGGAUCGGGUCCAAUUAGAAAGAAAAGCAAUUCGGUCCAAUAAAAUAAGCUCCUAAUUUCAAACCAGUUUCUCUGUUUCCUUUACUGGGCUCCCAAGGAGGAAGGAGAACAGCAUGUAGUAUUUUAGGUAGUGGCGCGAAGAUGUUGUAGCCAUUUUAUCCAGUUGCCCUUUGCCAAGAAUUAACACAGGUCAGAGCCCACCUGGUAUGUAUGCUGUUGGAGGAAAAAAUAGGUGACAUGAAAUCUAGACAUAUUUUUAGUGCAAACUGUUUCUUUGCAACAUUUGCACCAGCCCUAGGACAGAAAUAAUCACAACAUACAGCCCGUUUUUCCUGGUAUCCCAGCACAUACAUCAAUCCCCUGUUUUCCUAGAGCAAUACCUUUAGGAUUGAUUCAAGGAGAAAGAUUAGAAAAAGCACAAAUGCCCAAGCUGCUUGCAAGAGCCUCCUGUAAAAGGAAUAAGAUCACAAAAUUCAAACAAUGUUUUGUGACAUGCUUACCCCCUGAAGAAAGAAACCUGUUCAGCCCUAUGUAAUAGUGUCCCUAGUGACCCACCGUAAUGGAAGGUUCUAUGUUCCAAAAAUGAGCUGGGCAGGUAGAGAGAAAAAAGACUUGUCAAACAGCCUCAUGGAGGAUGUUGUACUCCAGUGUCUGCAGCUGGAGCCUCCUCCACCAGCCAGCUCUAAGGUUUCCAGGUCCCCUUUGCACUUUUCUGUCUCUUUUGCCCAGAGUAAUUGGGCUGGGGAACUCCUCCCCCACCUCCACUUUCUGCAAAUUUGUGCUAAAGCAUGAACCCACAGAUUUCUCUAAACUAAUCAGGAGCCUUCACUACAUAUUUCCUAGCUCUAGGAAGGGAGUGUGAGGUGCAACACUUUGACUGGAUUAACAGACUUUAAGGUGGAUGGAAAGCUGGCUGGAUUGUCAGGCUCAGCAGGUAGUAAUCGAUGGCUCAAUGUCUAGGUGGCAGCCAGUAUCAAAUGGAGUGCCGCAGGGGUCAGUCCUGGGACUGGUUUUGUUCAAUGUCUUCAUCAGUGACCUGGAAGAUGGCAUAGAAUGCACCCUCAGCAAGUUCACAGGUGACACCAAGAUGGAGGAGUGUAGUAGAUACGCAGAGGGGUAGGUCUAGGAUUUGGACUGACCUAGACAAAUUGGAGGAUUGGGCCAAAAAAAAUCUCAUGAGAUUCAACAAGGACAAGUGCAACGUCC